AUGUCCUUCUGCGUCUUUAGAGGAGGCGAGAUCUAUCAGGACCACUUCGAACCCGGUAAGGAGAAAUCAUCCCACGGGGAAGGAUCGAAUCCACCCUGCGCGGGGCUGGAUCUAGCCCGCAGAACCUCCACCCCACUCACUACCCGCGGCAGGCGCCGGCAAGCGGGGAACUGAUUUCCCCUCCACAUCCCGUGGGUGGAUGGAUCGGGAGGAUCCACGAUGUGGGCCACCCGGCGCGGGGAUUGCAAUCUCGGGGGUAGCGGCGCAGUCAAUAAAACUCUGGUCAUGGUCGUCUUCUUACAUCAGUCUUCGCCAACCUUGUGCCUUCCAGAUACGGUUGGACUACAACUCCCAUCAGCCCCCGGAGGGCACCAGGUUGGAGACGCCUGUCUCAAAGGGACACCCCCAUCCUUCAGUUGUGUUUUUGUUUGGUCACAUAUUCAUAGAACAUCUGGGUGGGACAACUAACUUGGAGAAAGCUGGUUGCCCCCAUGAUUUAUAGGGUAGAUUGUUGGGGGCACAGACUCAGCUGGCCCCCAAUACUGUACAAAGAAAAAUGUUUGUAUAAGCACGAAGAACCUUAAGCGCCCUCCCUGUUAUUUAUGGAGAUUUAUACUCCCAGAAAGUAGAUAGAAGGCACAGCAUCAGAGUGAGAAAAGGGACUGUUUUUGUUGUUGUUAAAAUUUAUAUACAGUACCAUCCUUCAUCCAAAGAUAUCAGGGUGGUUUAGAAAAUAAACAGUACUUGGUACCUGUUGGGGUUAUGAUGGGGCUAAUCAAUUAAUUCUAUUGUCUUAAAAUUAUUUAUAAGAUUUCUUACUAACCUUUCCCAAUAAGGUCCCAGGGUGGUUUAAAAGAAUAAAAUAUACAGUUAUAAAAACAGAUGAUAACAUUAUGAGGAUAAUAUGAAAUGAGUGACAGUGUGGUUAGAGUGUCCGGCUAAGACCCGGGAGACCAGGGUUCGAAUCCCCACUCUGCCGUGAAGCUCACUAUGUGUGAUCUUGGCCAGUCACGGCUUCUCAGCCUAACCUACCUCACAGGGUUAUUGUGAGGAUUAAAUGAGGACAGGGAGAACCAUGUACACCACUUUGGAGCUCCCUGGAGAAAAAGGUGGGAUAUAAAUGCAAAUAAAUAAAUGAAUGAAAAUAAAACAAAUAAAACCGUUCCAAAUGGAACGGUAGUGCGUAAAUUGUGCAAAAAGGGUGAGUUUCUUAAAAUAGAAGCCCUUAGCUGUCAAAGGCUGAGGCAAAAAGAGGUGUAUGUUCUGCGUAUGGCGAAAGUCAUACGAUUAAGGUUCUUAGAUAUACCUCUGUAGGGAGAGAGUCCCACAAAUUGGGGGCUGCUACCACAGAGAAAAUUGUCUCUAGGACCGCCAUUGCAGCAAACACUUUUACCGUUUUUCAAGGUCACAUUUUGCUUCCCCAUUCCCUUUCAAAAAUAAAACUAGCACGGUGAUGAAACUUAUUGCUGUGGUUUCAAAAGCAUCCUGUGGAAGGAAUUAAUUUCUCCUCCAUUACCCAAUGCAAUUGUGUCAGGUGGAUCACACAAGCCAGCCGACAGAAGUUUACUGGCCCAUGAAAAUAAUAAUUAGCUGUCUCACAAUUUAGGGACCCUUCCGGACUGGUGUUUUAUGGUCGGUGUUUUGUGUGACAUGUAAUGGACACGAUAAUCCUGCAUUAGUGGUAGGUUUAUUCUGCUCGAUUGGCUGUUCUGCAAGGCUUCCCUUUUGCGAUUGCAUUAUUGUCAUCUAUUGUCACUACAGUACGGUGCAGCAAAAAUAGGAAACUUAUGGAAAUGUUCAGAAAAGGGCAACCAAAAUGAUCAAGGGGACAGAGCAACUCUCUAAUGAGGAAAAGUUGCAGCAUUUUGGGCUUUUUAGUUUGGAGAAAAAGUGAGUAAGAGGUGCAUGAUAGGGAGUUUAUAAAAUUAUGCAAGGCACAGAGAAAGCAAAAGUCUAGAAAUUGUGGAUAUCCAAUGAAAGUGGAUGUUGGAAGAUUCAGGAUGGAGAAAAGGAAGUCCUUAUUUACAACAGCAUAUAUUUAAACUACGGAACUUGCUUUCAAAGAGGAUUGGAGAAAUUCAUGGAGGAGAGGGCUAUCAGUGGCUACUAACCAUGGUGGCUAUGCUCUGCCUCCACAAUCAGAGACAGUAUACAGUGGUGCCUCGCAAGACGAAAUUAAUCCGUUCCGCAAGUCUCUUCGUCUUGCGGUUUUUUCGUCUUGCGAAGCACGGCUAUUAGCGGCUAUUAGUGGCUUAGCGGCUUCGCGGCUAUUAACGGCUUAGCGGCUUUAAGAAAAAGGAAACAAACUCGCAAGAACUCGCAAGACGUUUUGUCUUGCGAAGCAAGCCCAUAGGGAAAUUCGUCUUGCGGAACGACUCAAAAAACGGAAAACUCUUUCGUCUAGCGAGUUUUUCGUCUUGUGAGGCAUUCGUCUUGCGGGGCACCACUGUACUUUGGAAUCUCAGUUGCUGGAAACCCCAGGAGGGCAAAGGGCUCUUGUGCUCAGAUUCUGUUUGAGGGUUUCCCCACAGGCAUGUGGUUGGCCACUGUGAGAACAGGAUGCUGGACCAUUGGCCUCAUCCAUCAAACUCUUCUUGUGUUCUAAGCAAUUCUCACUUGCUCCAGGCCUGUAGGUGAGCGGCUAUUUGCAAGCCUAAUAGAAUCACAUCUUGCCACCCUUCCAGUGCCUGCUGAGUUGUGAAAGAGGUUUAUUCAGUGUCAGCAGUUGUAAAGAUGGAAUUGGCACAGAAGUGGAUAAUGUCUAUUCAUUAAUACAGAGAAUAGUACAAUACAGUAAAAAUAAAAUAAAAAAUAAUUGGUUUAGCUGUAAGCCAUGACAAAAUAUUAAAAGGCAUUCAGAGUUGAGGCACAAAUUGGGCUCAAUUUCCUGGCUCCAGUUAGGAGACGUGCAGUGUAACAUAAUUUUCCUUGUCUAACAGCCAAAAGCACACAAAUGCACUGGUGUCAUAAAAUGCCUCUGGUGGUUAUGCUCAGCCAUAUAUCUUCCACGGGGAUCUUUACGAUACAGGACACUGGGUAAGGUAGUGAACAAUGUCAUGUUAUAGCCAUUUUACAAAACAUACAGAAAAGCUGUUUCAAAGGUAAUUUCUUACACCAGCCAUCUGGAAAAGACAGAGGCCAUAACAUUAAGUCUUAAUUCUGGAAAAGCAAUUCUCUGUGGAGCUCUGGUAAUUACCUCUGAUGCAUUAUGAUGAACACAGAGAAUUGGGGUUGAGGUAACUCCUAGGGAUGCAGGAAGCGGCCUUACACUUAGACAGACACAGUGGUCCUUCCAGCACAGUACCGUUGACACUUACUGAAAGUGGCUCUCCUUUUAGGCAGGGGACAUUCCCAGUUCUACCUGCAAGUGCCAUUGAGGAUUGAACCUGGGACCACUCAGCUAUUGCCCUUCCCACAGGUUUGAUUGCCUAUGAAGGCAGCAUUGAGGGGAGAAAGCAUCUCUGCCCCAUAAGUGACCGAUACCCCGAUCCUAUUUCAAGCAGGAGGGGAAGGGGUUUGGCAUGGAGAGAUGCUUGCAUAGUUUGGACUGGAUGCUGCAUUGAGAUGAGCUUCUGUAAGCACUCUUGCUUUGAGUCAACUUGGGUAUGGCUUUGUUCAGCAGAUAAAUCACGGCCAGUUUGAAUGUAUAUCUUCCUCAUUCCCUUCUUCUUCCUGCUCCCAUCUUUGUGCACAGGUAUAUAUGCUUGCUCCAAAUGUGGCUACGAGCUGUUCUCGAGCAGGUCCAAGUAUGCUCACUCAUCUCCAUGGCCGGCUUUCACCGAAACUCUCCACGAAGAUAGCAUCUCCAAGUACUUAGAACGGCCAGGAGCCUUCAAGGUGAGUACUGAGGAACUGUUGCUGGGUUGAAAUGGAGCCCAAGGUGAGCAAAGGGUCCAGCCCUUCAAUCUGCUUUCAGUGCUUAAGAGAGGAGUAUUCCUCAACGUCUUCCAGAGAAUUCAGCCAACAUUGUUGUCAGUGCAUUGUGUUCUAGUAGGUUUAGUUUGUCCUGCCAUCCUCUUUUAUACCUGAUCUAUGGCACUGCCUCCACCAAACCCCCCACCCCACUCCCAAACCAAAAAUAUCAGUUGCAGCAACAGGCUGUCCAAAGUGACCUGGCAAAGCACUGUUGCGGCAUUGAGGGGCUACUGUGCAUCUAAUUAGAAGUUUCCUUGCAGCAGCUAUUUUGCAGUUUUAAAAACAACCACAUUUUAAAAGCAAACAGGAACUGAUUGGUUAAGAAGCUAUUCAUGAGGGAUACUAUGUAGCACUACCCAGAAAGGUGUUAGGGGCAGAAGACACCGAGAAAGCUUCUAAUUAAAGUUGUAAGGGGGCUGUGCUGAGAGAGACUUCUUAGUGAAUGUUAGAGAAGGGUCUUCACUAUGGGGAUGGUCAGUGCUAGUUAAAUAAUGUGCUCUGUUAAGUCACAUGUGUGAACACCAUUUUAAUUCUGCUUUCAACCAGCUGUGGAAAAGCAGUGCUAAGACUCUAGUGUGCAAGCAGCCAUGUACAGGGGAGUGUUGAGGGCUCUGGAGUUUUGUCUCUCUAUUCCCUUUGCUUCAUAUGCUUCCCUUCUAGGUCUCAUGCGGCAAGUGCGGCAACGGUCUGGGCCACGAGUUCAUCGACGACGGCCCCAAAAGGGGUCAGUCUCGCUUCUGAAUAUUUAGCAGCUCUCUCAAGUUCAUCCCUAAAGGUGAGCUUAAUUAACUGUGCAUCUAUUUGCAACUUUGCCCAUUGACAAAAAGCCCUUUUGAAAUGGCAGCUGUUGGAUCCGCAUUUCUCUUUCUGUGUUUUCUAGACAAGAAGGACAAGGACCUGAGGGAGUAAAUAGGCUGGAACACCCAGCCAAUCAGAUGCUGCUUCUAGCUGACCAAUCCAACUCCACACCAACCAUCUAGGAGCUGUUGAGCACAACCCUUCUCUGUUGGCUGGGAAUCUUUUACCUUUGGUCUGGCAGGAUGGACGCUGGCAAAUACGAAGAGAGAAAUGAAGACUCUUUUCUUCUGGCUUUCAUUUCUGAUUGAUACUCCCUGCAUUUGCUACCUCCUGCUUUGAGGUCUUCCAUUUCAACCUGUAUCUUAGAUUGAGUCUAGUUUGGAAUGUUCUUCCCAUCACCCAGAUGCUUUUCUUCUCCUCUUCUUCUUCUUUUUUCUCAGGUGUGACCACCUUGCACCUGUGACCCCCUACCAAAGUCUGGGUUUUUCCUCCACUCAAGAGCAGAGUGCUUGUCUGGCUCUGGAAUGAGUUGCCCCAGAAGAUGGUGUGAUUCUGAGCAGGACUCUAAUCAUAUCAAUCCAGAUUCACUCUGCCCAAACUAGCGUUGGAUCCAAGGUGCAUUUCAGAUGCUACAAACCCCAGGGUAGCUAUGACCCCCCUUAAAAAAACCAAACCAUUUUGAGAUAGGAGUAAAGAGUGGUGGUAGAAGCCUCCAUUCCCCCCAAGCAGCCUGCUGGCAAAUUCUGUUGCCACAGCUGCUGUUUUGACUUCACUGCAGGGGCUUCUAGAAGCCCAGGUUUGGCUUACUGGCCUCCAGUUCCUAACCCCUCUUACAGGCUGUUGUGAAUGUUAAGUUGUAACAGCUCAUAGCCAGGGCUCCAAAAGGCCUUACAAAGCCCUAUUUGGCCUAGCUGCGACUUUACCUGCCUCACACCUGACGUGGUAUAUGGCGCCAAGUGUUGGGCAAGUAAACAUCCUUUGGCCAAACUGACCUGGUAGAGGAAAUGGGGAGGCCUGAGCUUCCCCACCCUUAAUGUAAACAGUUAUCCAACAGCCCAGGAUCUUUUGAAACAGCAACUACAGUUCAGUAGCUGUGUUCUCCAGUAUGAAAGCCUUCUUCAACCUUGGGUCCUCAGCUGCAGCAGCACUACAACUCCCAUCAUUGACUAUUUGUUAAGGUGGCUGGGAAUGAUGAGAGUUGUAGUCCAACACUACCUCAGAAUCCAAGGUUGGAGAAUUCGGAACUAGGACAUGGUCUCCUGGAGCAAACCUUUCAGCAUCACAGUGCUGCUUGGUUUAUGCCCCAUGGAACUGCUAGGGUUGCUUCCGUGAUUGGGUCACUGCGACUACAUCCUCAGAAAUGUCCUCACACUGUUGUGUGUCCAUUCUUGCCCUUCCCUUGGAUCAAACUCUACCAUUUCCUGGCCUCUUCAGAAGAAAGUCUUUGUGGCAUCUGAAACCAGAGCCUAGCUUUGGGUUGUGCCCUGCCCCACAUUGCCUUGGGGCAUUUUCUGGUGUGGUGUCAUUAUAUGAAUUGCCCCAUGUAAACCCGUCUUGGAGAGCAGGGGUGAGGACAGUUUUUCUGAGCUACCCAGAAAAUGCUCCAGGUAAUUAAUAUUGGAUUCCCAAUAUUUCCUCCCCAGGCAGGGUCCUUGUGCUUUUAAUGCUGCCAUUAAACUCAACCCCCCCACCCCAGUUAUUUUCAUGGCCACAAAAGUUUCGCCUGCUAAAUUUACCUCUUUGCAGUCACUGUUAAAGCAGGUGAGGGGAACGUGGUCCUCAGGAUUUGCUGGGAAUCAGCCCCAGCCAGCAUGGCAGUGGUCAGGGAAAAUGAGAGCAACAUCGGGAGGGCCACAGUGUUCUCACCCCUGUGCUAAAGGCACAAGAGCUCUCUCAGGAAACAGAAGCUGGCAACCUAGUUGUCCUAUAAUUUUUGCAUAUAAUAGAAGUGAUUCUCUCUAGCAGAGAAAUAGAUCAAUUGAGCAUCAUUCUGACACCAGUUUGCAUCUUUGCUGUUGCGCUAAGAUUUUGUAUGUUUGUUAUAAGCAAAGGCCACAGAAGGGCUAAGGAGUCAUAUUUCCGAGUGCUUCAUUUUUGAAGUGAUGGAUGGAUUUGUCCAAAUUUUUGGUGGUGCAGUCUAAAUGCAAGAGGUAAUCUGCAGUCCCUGAACUGCAUUUCAGGUGAGACCUAAGAACCUCCAGUUUGGAAAUACGAAGCUAAUACGUUCCUUGCUCUUUUGAAGCCCUUGUUUGUUGUAAACGUACAAACAAAUUUUAUGCCUUGACAUCUGAAUUUCUCUGGGUGCUCCAGAAGUCAGAAUGAAGCCUCUUGCCUAACACUGCAUAUCACUCAGGCUUUAGAAACAAACAUUAGAAACCGAGAUUACCUCUCAGUGCUCAAAGGGCUAAUGCAUAAGAUUCAUCUGAAUCGGCACAUUUCCUUCUUCCUCUUUGCCUUGUAUCACAAGAACAAGCUUCCUUCCUGCACUGGGAAGGAGGACUUGCAAAACUUGCACCUCUUUGAUUGGCUAUUCAGCUGGAAACAGAAACUAUGAAUGUCCAUCCAAGGCAAGGAUGGAGGACCUGUGGCCCUCCUGAAGCUGCUGGGUUCCAGCUCCCAUCAUCCCCAGCCAGCAUAGUGAAUGGUCAGUGAUGGUAGAAGCUGAAGUUCAGCAGUAUUUGGAGGGCCACUCCUUCCUCACCCCUGACUUCAGACCACAUCUACAGACUUAGGUUAGAGUCGGACAAAGAGGAUUUUUAAAAAAGAGCUCAAAGUGAGUAAAUGAGAGUGUAGACCAGUGCUUCCCAAACUUGGGUCUCCAGAUGUUUUUGGACUACAGUUCCCAUCAUGCCUAACCACUGGUCCUGCUAUCUGAUGGGAGUUGUAGUCCAAAAACAGCUGGAGAAAUCCCAGUGUUUGCUUUAGGGAAACAGUGACAGUAGAGUUUAGAUGGUAUAUGGUGCCAUUUGUAUCAGUAUCAGUUGGUUUCUGCUUAAUCUUCUGUUGUUAACAUGAAUAGGGUCUUGUGCUGCUGCUGGACAUGCAGUUCAAGCAGGAUGGCACUCAUCCAUAUUUGCACUGGUUGCUUGGCCUAAUGAUGGUUCCAUGCUUGCCUACAUCCAAAGCUGAGAACUUCAGAACAGGUGGUCCAUUGUGUCUUGAUGUAGCAUAACAGGGGGUCUGCUUUAUGAGGCGAUCUGUCGAGCAAAUGGUCAAGGAGCGUGACAAUUCGCCACCUGGAUGUACCCUUAGAACCAUUUUGCACACUCCACAGUGGAGAAGCUUUUCCUGGUUUCUGAAACGGCGUAAGAGGUUUAUGGAGGAAAGUGGCAAAGGUUGUUUUAGCUGAGGCAAAAGUGGGCUGAAUGUACAUACUGUGAACAAUGACCUCUCACGCCUCAAGUAUCUCCGCACAGCAGUUUGGAACGCACACAUGUUUUGCAAGGUACCAACACAAGCUCAUUAAAAUGCAUCUCAUAUCCCCCCCCCAUUCAAUCCAGAUUUACUCUUUCUGUGGAAAAUCCUCUAAGUAAAAAAAACAAGCGGUACAACAGAAACAGUAAAAUUGUUGGGGGGGAAUUAAGGGAUAGCAUUUUGAUGACAAUGAGUCUGUGUGGACACUGCAUUCAGCUUGCAGGUGUGAUCAGCACAAAGAUCACAAUCACCUGCUGUUUAUUGGAAGUGUUCCUCAACUCUCUGAAAAGAACCACCUGAUGUCUGCCUUCAGCCUGGUCUUAUGAGCCUCAGGUACAGAAUCACACCCUGUAUGUUUUCAAGACGGUUAUGCAAGCUGCACUGUAGAAGUGAAGCUUUCCACUUCAGUGGUAUCAAAAUCAAAGUCCAAGAAGACAAAGUUUCAUGCGGAGCCCCGUGAAUAUUUGCAGGGAAUGACCUCACGCACACUCAUACUCAAAAGUAGCAGUAUUAUUGGGUAAUCUGCCCUCUGAGAGCACUUGAUCAACUCUUCUGUGCCUGUUUUGCCUCCCCUGGGAGACACAAGAGGGUGUAUUAGUGAUUUUUUAAAAAUCAACUCUGAAUGUAAUGUUCCAGCUUAGCAACUUGGCUAUGCUGCUGUUCACCUGUAUAAAUAUGGAUUAGAUGAUAAUAAAAAUAUUUUUCUUGGAGACAAGAAUGUGUUUUGUUCAAUUUUGUGUUAUAAGUGAAAUUUGCUUAACUAGUUGAAAGGCUGUGGCAGACUGGGAAAGGCUUGCCACACCUUGUAUUGGAGCAAAAGAGAGUCUGGGUCACUUGAGGGGUAGGGGAUCUGUUGGAUUCUCUCUCUCUCUCUCUCUCUCUCUCUCUCUGUAUGUGUGUGUGUGUGUAAGAUUCAUUCAUUCCAGAAACAGAAGAAGAAUCAAGAAGAUUCAAGAAGUGGCAGAAAGCUUAGAUUGUUUUGACUAUGCAGAAUAUGCAAUGAUACUUUCUGUGGGAACUGCUCUUUGGACAUUUGCAGUUUCUACAGGAAGAAGACUGCUUAACAGCAUUCCGUGUAACUUGUUUUUUCUCUUGCUUGUGACCUGCUGCAGAAAGAGAGGCUUGAACUCUUGUUGGACUCUUAAGUAUGCCUUUCCACAGCUUGUGGAAUUUGCUACCAGUUAUGCUUUUAUAACCUGUCCAAGUAAAACUCUACACUUGAUUGAAUAUUUUAUGGCGUUCAUGAGUGUUUAUUGUUUUGUGUGUGUAACUUCUGAUAAUGUUUUACUGACUGCAUUUCCUGGUCAGUCUGGACCAUUCUUUUGAGAUGGUAAAUACCUUAGUUCCUGAAUCCAGGUCAGAGGCCCACCCAAUUCACACAUAAGACAUGCCCUUAAGACAGGAUUUGCAAGUGAAAAGAAUGACUGGGAAAGGUUUUUCCAAGGUAUUUCCUUCUGCAGAGGAAAUAUUUGGGGUCAUUAAGAUGGCUUCAGGAUUGCUCUCCUCUACUGUUUCAGACAUGUGGUUUAUGCACUUGUGUUUUGUGUUUACCUUCUGCACUUAUGAACGUUCAUUUUAUUCAUGAUGCCUUAGAAUUCUUAUAACAAUUGGAAAUGAAAUUGUCAAUGAGGCAACUGAGGAAUUUGUUGGACCUUACAUUCUUGGCAGUGUUUUAGUUCCAACAGAUAUCAGAGUACUGUAGUGAAGUUUCCCAUGACUACUAUAGUGCUCCUUUUUGAAUGUUUGGUAAUCCAUAUACUGUCAAUCUGCCUUCAGUGCUCCAAAUCAUGGACCACUUCACAGGUACAAACUAAAACAUGGUAAAAACUGUAAUGUUUCUGUAUCUGACAACAGACAUCAAUAAUGAGUAGCUUUAUAAAACAGGCUUCAUUCAUAGGAAUCUCUUCUAGAACUGAAACUCAAGGCCUAAAAAACUACCAGGUCAUGUAACUCCAAGAGCAGUCCUCAAAUAUACAAAUCUUUAACAUUAAGGGAGUGUCAGCAAAUUACAGGCUCAAUCAUUACACUGUCUCUACAGGUACAUGUUAAGUGAGUGUACACCAGUUGGUUUUUACAGCUCAGUUUUGUAUACGCAUGACAUAUCUAAUCUAACGGCUGCUGCUUUUCUCCCGUCUGCAACUAGAGAUGCUGCACUUAGAGGACAAUCACAGCAUCACUGAGCUGAAAGGGACCCCAAGGGUCAUCUAGGCCAGCCCCCUGCAAUGCAGCAAUCACAGUUCAAGAAUCCUUAACAGACGGUCAUCCAGCCUCUGUUUAAAAACCUCCAAAGGAGAGUCCACCAUCUUCUGAGAGAGUCUGUUCUACUGUCAAACAGCUCUUCCCAUCAGAAAGGUAUUCCUAAUCCUAUACAUUGAAUUGGAUUUACCUGUGUGUAAGCCCCACUGAAUGCAAAGAAGCUUACUACUGAGUAGACAUGUAUAGCCUUACACUGUAAGAUAUUUACUCUCAGUUAAAAAUUAAUGCCACCACUGGCCAGAAUUCUUUAUGGGCCCCAACAAACUUAACUAAAAAAACUAUCUCCCCUCCUCUCCACGCCCCCGAUCUGUGUGCGUUUAGAAAAAAAGGCAAGAAAUCCUCUUUUGGCAGCAGCCUUUUUUUUUGCUUACGAGUGCCCUCCUCGGCCGCCCAACCCACAGACUGCUGAGCUAAAAUUCUCGACGCCCGCAUCUAUUUCCAAAGGCAACUCCGCCUUUUGCCAAUCUCCGACCCUUUGCCCCGCCGCGUCCAGGGAUUCCUAAAACACACCCGGAAACACCCUCUCCAAGUGGCGAGAUGUGCCGCUCUACCAUUCUUAUCUCUGUGUGUCUUUCCCAGGCUUAAAUCCUGGAGACGGAGAUUGUCGCUGGGUGGGCCGGAAGUGACGCCAAUUGAAAAGCUGGGCGCGGGAAUCGAAGCGGGCGGAGGCGGCUGCAGGUGGGCGAGAGCGAGGCUUGUUGCGGUGUGUUUGUGGCUUGUUUUGUCUUGCAGUUCUAGCCCGGCGGUGGUUUUGGGAUGUGCAGAAAGAGUGGGGGCGGGGGGGGGAACAAUAGGAAGGAAUGAGCUAAUGGGAGGGGGCUGAAGACUCACCCAGUUUGCGGAAUAGCAGCGAAAUGUGGUGUGCGUGUGUUUGAUGAGACUGAAUUGCUUUGCGGGGGUUUGGGGUGCUGCCAAGUCAGAGUUUGAGGCACAAGGUGAGGGGAAAGAAGGUUGGGGGCAUGACUAGGUGGGGGCUUUAGUCGGGUGGUGAUUGAGGCGCGAAAACAAACUGCUGGGGUGAAGGGUUGGGGGCAGUUGCAUCAUGGCAAAGUUGGGGGGGGGGCGCCAGUGUAAAGUUUGGCGUCACUUUAAUUCUUGGUGAAGUCAGCAACGCUUGUAAUGUACUAAAAACUAAGGUAAAAAUGGGUUAUUUAAGAAAAAUAGAGAAAAUAUGUGACGCAGUUGAAAAAGAUUGAAAAUGGUAACCAUGCAAGGGUGGAGGGGACUCUAAGAAUUCAGGGAAUCCUAAGUAUAUAAUAAUAAUAAUGAAUAAAAUAAAUUUAUUACAGUCAUACCUCGGGUUGAAGUGGCUUCAGGUUGAGCGUUUUUGGGUUGUGGUCUGCGGCGACCCGGAAGUAAUGGAACUUGUUACUUCCAGGUUUUGCCGCAUGUGCAGACGCUCAAAAUGAUGUCACGCGUGUGUGCAGAAGCGGCGAAUCGCGAUCCGUGCAGACGCGGGUUGCGUUCUGCUCUGGGUGUGAACGGGGCUCUGAAACGGAUCCCGUUCGCAUCCAGAGAUACCACUGUAUUUAUACACCGCCCAUCUGGCUGGGUUUCCCCAGCCCAGCCACUCUGGGUGGCUUCCAGCAAAAUAUUAAAACACAAUAAUUCAUAAAAUACAAUAAUAAAUGAUGGUGAUGAUCUUUAAUGUUUGAAUUUAAAUGUGCAAUGUAAAACUCAAUAAAAAAGAUUAUUAAAAAAAUGUUGGUGAAGUCAUGUCUUCCCUGAGUUUCCAUUUCCCCCCAUGCAUGUUAGGAACAUAGGAAGUGCACUGCCUUAUUUGUCCAUCUAGCUCAAUAUUGUCUACACUGACUAGCGAUGGCUCUCCAGGGUUUAGGCAGGAGUCCCGUCCCCCCAACCCUGCCUGGUGAUGCAAAGGACUGAACAUGGAACUUUCUGCAUGCAAAGCAGAUGUGCUACUGCUGAGUUAGAGCACAUGAUGAUUGAAGCUGGUUAAAAAUGGGCAGGUCGUUUUCAUCGUAGAGGCAUCAAUGGCAAAUGCCCUCUCCUCCCCCCCCUUUUCCUCUUUCUAGCCUUUGA